GUGUUGACGCCUGAGGGGAGGCGACAGGUAAUUCAGGAAGUGAAAGCGAUGCGUCGUCUUGUUGCCGAAACCACACAGGGAUUUAAAGACACGAAAAUGAAAACCAAACGAAGACUGAUCAGCCCUCCAGACUGACAUGAACAUACUGCUGCUGCAUCCUGUUGUUGUUUUCACAUUGAUAAGUUUGCCUUUGGCCGCUGUGUGUCUGGACCCUGUUCCAAUUCAGUUUGAGAAGACACCCGUGUUGGUGGCAUCAGGGAAAGAUGCCAUCUUUACAGUACAGACUGUGUCUGAUGUGUCCCUUAUCAGAUGGACUGAUAGUGGAGGGACUACACUGGCGAUGUGGGUAAACGGUAAUCCUGUUGUAAUAUCCAUCCUGCAGUAUCAGGGCAGAAUGUCUGUCACUGCCACUCAGCUCAAAAUCACUAACAGCCAGCUCCGUGAUUCUGGAAACUACAGCGUCUCUGUCGAACCCUCUACCACCACAGGACUCGGUGUGAACACCCGUUCAGUGCAGCUCAAGGUGUUUGAUGCUGUGAACGGAGUGAGUUUGUCUCUGCCUGCUCUGCCUCUGGAAGGUGGGAAUGUGUCGCUGAGCUGCAGCUGGUCUGCGGGUUCAGAGGUCAGUGUGGUUUGGGGUAAAGGAGGCGUCGCACUGUCCUCCGACACCCGCAUUACAAUCAGCGCUGGAUCUCUGAUCAUCAAGUCAGCCAGGAGAGAUGAUGCAGGGGAGUACACAUGCACCGUCAGCAACGCCGUCAGCGCCCAAACAGCCAAGGCCACCCUCAGUGUGUACUAUGGUCCAGAUGCCCCACAGUUGACUAAGACCUCAAGUGAGUGUGUUGGCGGUGGAGAUGCAACAGUGGGGCAGACGGUGCGUCUCACCUGUACGUCUACCUCUCUACCUCCUGCCUCCUUCUCAUGGGAACUUAACGGCCAGCCGGUGACCGCCGGCCAAUCGGGGAGUGGCGUGCUGAAUCUGCAGAUCUUCUCCACCAAUCAGAGUGGCACGUAUGCCUGCACCGCACGGAAUGACAUCACAGGAGGGGCAUCAAAGCAGCAGAUAGACCUGGCUAUCGUGGGUACGUGUCUCAGUGGAGGGGCCGUAGCAGGGAUUGUUGUUGCCUGUGUUGUUGCACUCAUCAUAAUUAUUAUUGUCAUUAUUGUGCUCCUGCGACAAAGAAAUGUUGAUCGGAGACUCAAAGAUGCUAUUGGACUUCAGAAGACGAACCAGAAUGAAGGCACCAUAAUUGCAAACAGAGCUCUUGUCAAUGAAAACCACCCUGAUCCAACAUUACACAGUUCACUGCCACAGAACUUCACUGCCAUUCCCAAUAACAACAAUGGGAACGUUGACACAAUGCCACAAAACAUUCCCAGCAGCUCCAACCCACUUCAUCAUAAUGGGCAUCUGAACACAGAUGUAUUUCACCACCACUUUAGUACACUCCCAGACAAUGGGCAUCAAAACAACAAUUCAUAUCCAAGCAAUGACCCUCAGAGGUCGUUCCCACAGCCUGUCCAGCACAAUCCUAAUAUUCUCAUACAAACGGGUAGUUCUCAGCCUGGUGCACUUGCCCAUACAGUUCAUGUAAACCUCAACACAUUGCCACGUACUGACCAGCUGAACAAUGCACAACCUCAAACGGUGCAUGUUAACUUGAACACAUACCCUCCAGAAGCAAACCAGCCAAGUCAGGCAAACCGGCAACAUGCAGACCAGAGAGAAAGUGCACUACAGGGUCAACAUACGAACGCCAACCAUCAAAAUCUUUCUCAGACUGGUUUCAUGAACUCUGAGUCUUUGAGUUUGGGUAAUCAAACACAGACAAUGCUCAAUAAUGCUUCAACAAAUAGAUCUCGCCAACCCAACAGCCUCAUUCAGACGGGGCGCUCGCACCCUACCAACCAAACCAAUGCAAAUCGCCGAACUGCUAACUCGCGAUCAUCAGCAGAGGAGCGAACUCGACAUUCAAACCCUGUUCGGACCAACAACCGGUUAAAUGACACACACACCAGCACGCACCUCCAGCAGAUGCCUUGGGAUCGUUUGCAGGGAACGCCGGCGUACCCCAACCGUGAAGUUGACAGCUCGGACAGCAGCGGAUCCUCAGAAUGGCGGCCUAGAUCUCCACAACGAAAUGCACAGCGGGGUCGUUCUGGUCGGAGAUCCCAGGAGAUUGAACCUGCGAGCAGGACGAUACAAGCUCCUUCUGCUUCCCAAAGAGGAGACCUCCAAAGACCAAUCUCUCCCAACAUGCUCAACCAAUCUCAAAUGAACCCAAAUGUGCAGAGGCAAGUGAUACAACAAAGCAUCAGCACACAGCCGCAAACACAGACUACAGUUCCUCAAAUCCAAACCUCUCCAGGUCAGAAUCCAAUCCAUAUUGGUCCACCUUUGGGAACGACAACAUCUCAAAGUCAUCCUCAGACACAAACUGCCACCAGACCACAUCAGACCGUGGCUCAGCCAUCCAUUCCUCUUACUCAGGCUGCACUACAACAACACACCACCCAGACCGAUAACCCUUUCACCAACCUGAUCCAGCAGACUCAAGCUGCUCUGCAGAACCCUGGACCUUCUCAGCCCAUCCAGCAGCUCAACAAAGCGGGUCAGAGGCCUCCUACUCCACCUCCAGUGUUGAGGCCGGCCGAGUUCCAGGCGCUUCCACGUGAACGCGUGCAACAGGCACGUAACAUCCAGCCUGUGAAAGUGCAACACAGACACAGACCUCCAAACAUGCAAAGACAGACUCGAGUGUGGCAUACGAGCCCUCAGCGAUUGCCAGGAAUGCAUCCCAUGCAUGGACACCCAAUGCACAUGCAACAGGUCCAGAGAGGCAGACCCAGACGCUGAAAAAAUGCAGCGCUCGUCUAGCUCGACACUAUUUGCCCUGCAAAAAAAACUUUCUUAUGAAGCAAAAUGUUUCUCUGGAGGAAACAAACAAAUGCUCAGCCAUUCCUCUGGCCCUCCACUUAUUGUAGCAUACAAAUCUUUGUAUUUUGUUGGAGAGACCACAUUAUUGAUAAAAAGACUGAUCUUUUUGUUUCUCCAGCACAACUGUUACAGAGGCACGUGAAAGCCGUGGAUGUUGAAUAGUGUGAAUUUCAUCCAUCGGAACAAUGCUGCUAUGGGAUUUUUCUUGCGCUCAAGUGUCUGAAAAUAAAACACAAUGCAGUGUUUUUCCACAGACAGGAAGUCUCGAACAAAAUCCAAAUGAAUUAGGAUGGCUGGCAGAGUUGAACUAUUAAAUGAUAAAUAAUGGACUGCCACUAUUUGUCCUCUCGCAACUAUUUAUUCAUCUUUCUGCUCACAGAUGCUUCUUGUGACGCCACUCAAUUAGUGCGAUCUGCUACGGUGCUUUUGAGUAUGAAGGAGACCCAACUAACGGACGUGUAAUUAAUUAAGAGCUUUUAUUUUUAUGUUAAUGAUGUGGAAAAUGUUAAUGACUUGAAGUAAAAUAGGUUGUUGACAGGCCUAGCAAAAAACAUGAUGAAAAGCAAAUGUUUGAUCAGAUGCUUCAUGUACUUUGAGUAUGCAGGAGGUUGUUACAAAUAAAGUCUCCCAAUUUUCA